UCAGGGUGAUACAUACACACACACAUUUUCACACACACUACACUAUUAGUGAGUGAGUGAUAUUUCCCUUAUGCUCUAAGUUUCCACUCCAUUAGCAACAUUUUCACUUCACUUUUCUGCCUUUUCUCCCCCAUUUCCAUAGCCUCUGGCCUUGGGGGAAUUUCCUCCGCCUUCACCUCCCUCUCUCUCCUCUCUCUCUCUCUCUCUCUCUAUAUAUAUAUAUAUAUAGUUAGAUUAGCUAACACACACACUCUCUCUCUUCCCUCUCUUCCGAAGCACCAUCUUUAUAUGCACUUCACAUUUCAAGAUUGCACCUCAAAGAAACACCCUUUUUGCACCCCCAUUAAAAGGAUUAUAUCAUCAUUUCAUUAUCCACAAAAACAACUACUAUCACUCCUCACAAUUUCUGUCUCACUCUAGAAUUUGAUCUGUUUUGUCAAAAGAGGGGAAAAGGAAUUGAAAAAAGUGAUCUUUGACCGCAGAAAUCGAGGCACGUUAGAUUUGUCAAAGAAGAAGAAGAGAGACGGGUUAUCAACAACUUUUAUUCUGCCUAGCUAAAGAAAAUGGCAUCCUCGUCCACAACCUCGCCCUGCGCGGCGUGCAAGUUCCUCCGGCGCAAAUGCCUCCCCGAGUGCGUCUUCGCGCCCUACUUCCCGCCCGACCAGCCGCAGAAAUUCGCCAACGUGCACAAGGUCUUCGGCGCCAGCAACGUCACAAAGCUCCUCAACGAGCUCCAGCCCCACCAGCGCGAAGACGCAGUCAACUCCCUCGCCUACGAGGCCGACAUGCGCCUCCGCGACCCCGUCUACGGCUGCGUCGGCGUGAUCUCCCUCCUCCAGCACCAGCUCCGGCAGCUCCAGAUGGACCUCAGCUGCGCCAAAUCCGAGCUCUCCAAAUACCAGAAUUUGGGGCUCCUCCACCACCACCACCACCAGGGGAUCAACCUCGGCCGCGACCACCACCACUUCCACCACCAGCUCUUUCCGGUGACCAACCAGCAGAUGAUCAGGGCGUUCGACGGCGGGAGCGGCUACGACGCCAGCAGCCUCCUCGCCAUGAACAUGUCCGCCAGCAUCGGGCAGCUCGGGGGGUUCCAGCAGUCGAGGGCCGCGGGGACGGCGCCGGAUGGGAGGCGCACGCCGGUGGAGCCGUCUUAAAUUAAUUAGGGUUUGUAUAAUGUUUUCUUUUUUUGUUGUUGUUGAGGAUUUUAUGAGAGAGGAAUGUUAGUUAUAUUAUUAUUAAUAUAGAGGUAAAGGAAAUCACAUGACCUAAGUUUUAUUUUUAUUUUUAUUUUUAUUAAUUGUUGCUGUUUUUUUGUGUAUUUUCUGAACUUUAUUAUUACUAUUAUUAUUAUUCAAUAUUUGUUUUGUGAUA